CUGCCCCUCAUCAGGGCGCCGUGCAACGCAAGCGCAGGCGCAAGCACUCGAUACGAAGCCGAGAAACACAGACGGCGGAAGUCUUUUCCAAAAGAGGGUGUUAUAUGCGCCACCGCUACUCUGGAAAGCAUGCUAGGCCGCUCUCAUACGGGUACCUACCUAUCUUGAGGCGGACCCUAUCCCGGGCUGUCCCACCCGCUCUCUCCGUGACCGUCGAUAAAGCACCCGCGACGCUCUUAAAUAGCACGGGUCGAAGUCCAACUACUCCUCUACCUAUUCCUCUGCCCUUUAUACACCUACGCAGCUAGGACCCGCACCUAGAUCGAAGAUCGCACACCCACCCACCCAGCGUCCAGGCAACAUGGCGGACUGGGAGACUGCCGUGGCCGAGAAGAAGCGCGAGCUGGCGACCGCCAUACCGGACGCGUGGCGCAUUCCGGAGGGCGCGCUGUCCGGUUCCGAGACCAAGCUCGUCGCGCAGGACGCCGUCCGCGCGUCCGGCGUGCUCUCGCCAGCAGAGCUCGCCAUCACCGAGGACAACACCGCUGCGCAGCUGCUCGCGAAGAUCGCCCAAAGGGAGCUCACCGCCGUCGAGGUCACCACCGCGUUUGCGAAGCGCGCCGCCGUCGCCCAGCAGCUGACCUCCUGUCUGACCGAGAUGUUCUUCGAACGGGGCAUCGAGAGGGCCAGGUGGCUCGACGAGUUCCUCGAGGAGAAUGGCCGGGUCUACGGGCCGCUUCACGGCCUCCCCAUCAGCUUAAAGGACUCCUUCCGGGUCGAGGGCAUCCACGCGACGGCCGGGUUCGUCGCCCUGCUCGCGGAGCGGCCGACUAGCAACUCGGCCCUAGUCGAUCUACUGCUCGACGCCGGCGCCGUCCUAUACGUGAAGACGAACAUCCCACAGACGAUGAUGACCGCCGACUCGGAAAACAACAUCUUCGGGCGGGCGCUGAACCCGCACAACACGGCGCUGACGGCGGGCGGCUCGAGCGGCGGCGAGGGGGCGCUGGCGGCACUUCGCGGCGCGCCGCUCGGCGUGGGCACUGAUGUCGCGGGCUCGAUCCGCAUCCCGGCGCUGUCGUGCGGCGUGUACGGGUUCAAGCCGACGCCGGGGCGCGUCCCCUUCGGCAACCAGGCGCCUGGCCUCCGGUCGGGGCUCCCCGGCAUCGCCCCGGCCGCCGGCCCGCUCGGCCAGUCCGUCGCCGACCUCGAGCUGUUCAUGACCGCCGUCGCCGCCGGCGACCCCUGGAGGUACGACGACGACGCCGUGCCCGUCCCCUGGCGCCCCGCCGCCCAUCAGCGCCGCCGCCCCGCCGCCAAGCUGCGCGUCGGCGUCUUGCCCGAGGACCCCGCCUACCCGCUCCACCCGCCGGUCCGCCGCGCGCUCGACGAGGCCGCGUCGGGUCUGGAGGCGGCCGGGCACGAGGUCAUCCGCCUGCCGGCAGACCCCGCGCGAGGCGUCUCCCUCGCCCAGCGCAUCGCGUUCCAGUACUUCGGCCUCGGCGGCCGGCUGUACGGCGGCCACCUGAUCGAGAAGGCCGGCGAGCCGCUGGUCGCAUCGGUCGCCGCGGGCAGCCACCCGUUCACCACGGAGCCGCCCGUCGUCGCGGCUGGCCUCGAGCUGGCGCAGGUGCUCGAGAGACUGGGCGCCGCUCGAGGCGCGUACAGCGACGCGUGGCGCCGGACGUGGCUCGAGCACGACCUCGACGUCGUGCUCGCCCCGGGGGCCCAGAACACCGCCGUUGCCCACGACACGUGGGGCCUGCCGCCGUACACGCUCAUGUGGAAUCUGAUAGAGUACCCGGCGUGCAUCGUGCCGUUUGGGAAGGCGUCGAAGGAGCUGGACCCCGAGCCGGUGACGUAUGGCGUGCCGUUCCAGCCCGACUACGAUCCCGUCCAAGUCGACGGGGCACCCUGCGCGGUGCAGAUCGUCGCGCCUAAGUUCAAAGACGAAGAGUGCCUCUGGGCGGCGGGCAUUAUCGAUAGCAGUCUGAAUGCGAUCAAGGUAAAUUAGGCAUCGUCUCAUGGUCGUACUGUGGCAGACAGUCGGCAGGAAAGUGUC